CACUUUGGCAGAGACCACCACUCGAGUCGACUGUACAGUCGCUUUCUUGACGUGUACCCAAACCGUGAACGUCUAAUCAGCAACCGACCUUUCAAGGAAAUGCUAUAAGGAGCAGGUCUCUUUGCUACCCUCAUCACUUUGUCUCCCACACGACGCGAACACAACUGCAAACAUGACUUCGCCUCCGAGAUAUUUGUCCUCUCACAAGAUGCUUAGUGCCUUUCAACUAGGCGACUCGUUAGGCAAAGGCGCGUUCGGGCAGGUUUAUCGUGCUUUGAACUGGGAGACCGGCGAGACAGUCGCCGUCAAGGAGAUUCAGCUCAGUAACAUACCAAAGAGCGAGAUAGGGCAGAUUAUGUCCGAGAUUAACUUGCUGAAGAAUCUCAAUCAUCCGAACAUUGUCAAGUAUAAAGGCUAUGAGAAGACACCAGAGUUCCUCUACAUCAUCCUAGAAUUUUGCGAGAACGGUUCACUGCACAAUAUAUGCAAGCGUUUCGGCAAGUUCCCAGAAACCCUCGUAGGCGUGUACAUCUCGCAAGUGUUGGAAGGUCUCAUGUAUCUUCACGAACAAGGUGUCAUACACCGUGACAUCAAGGGUGCCAAUAUCCUUACGAACAAGGAUGGCUGCGUCAAACUUGCAGAUUUCGGCGUCGCAAGCAAUGCAGCCGCGACAGCGGUUCGAGAGAAUGAAGUUGUUGGAAGCCCAUACUGGAUGGCACCCGAGGUAAUAGAGCAGUCUGGCGCAACAACCGCUUCAGAUAUCUGGUCCGUGGGGUGUACGGUCAUUGAACUGCUCGAAGGAAAGCCUCCCUACCAUUUCCUAGACCCCAUGCCCGCGCUGUUUCGCAUUGUACAAGACGAUUGUCCGCCCAUUCCUGAGGGCGCGUCACCUGUCGUAAAGGACUUUCUAUACCACUGUUUCCAAAAGGAUCCCAACCUCCGUGUCUCUGCGAAGAAGCUCCUCAAACACCCGUGGAUGGCUGCAUCCAAGCGGCAAAUUUCCGGAGACAAAGGGGCAGACAGUUCGAACAAGCGGCCGUUGAGCAACUACAAUUUUAAUGAGGCUGUCCUCAAAGUGCAAGAAUGGAACGAAGCACUUAAAUCCCCGUCGAAACCGGCCAAACACCCUACUAAGCGUCCAAACCUCGAUGGCGACGGUCGGCACUCUCCACUGCAGCCAUUGGACUUUGGCCCCGCCUCCAAGACCCCAUUGGCAUCUUCGCAAGGUCUAAGUGCAUCGAACUCGGGACAGAAGCCUGCUAGCCUACUGCUGCGACCUAACCCUACACAAGCGCCCAAGACUCCAGCCAUGCCCACACCUCUUGGACACAUUCCAUUGGAGAAGACCACCACUGAGGGCGGAGAGGAGAAGCAAGAAGUUGAAGAUAACGGACAAACUAUCAGGCCAUCGUCUCGCAGUCCGAGCGUAGUUCCAUCACCGCUCCCGGUUUCGAAGCCACCUGCCGCUGACAUAGAGCCAAUCGUCGAGGAUCUAGACUUUGACUUCGCUGAGGAUGACGACAAUCUCCAAGCAAAGGUCGCCGACUUCAAGAAGAAAAUCUCCGUCCGCCGCGGUCUCUUCCAUCCAGACGACAUCAAGAUCGUUGGACUCAUGCCAACAUCGCCUGGCCCGAAGACAGCACCGCUCCCUGUGCUCUCCCACAAGCCCUCGCGACCGUCCCUCAACCCGCUUUCAUCUGGUAGUAGCACGCCUAGUCGUGGCCACCAACGAUCCUCGUCAUCUGUGGGUUCGAACGGCGGCUCGGCUGGGCGCGCAGAGGCCAGGAGACUGCACAGUCAGUCUGAAUUCGGGAAAUACACCGAGGAUGAUGAUGAAGACUACGAGGAUAUUUUUGACAAGGUCAAUGGCAACUCUACACAUCCGAUGCAAACCCUGCAGCUUAACACUCGCCUGUCCAACGAGUCAUGGUUGGGUGAUGACGAUGACGACGAGGAUCCGUUUGCGGACAUCGACGAAGGCUUUGCCGAAGAAGACCUAGAAUCGAACCUCCAGCGCGACAAGUAUGCUCGACUGUGCAAUAGCGUCAACCUGCUUAUAGACGAGCUAACGCCGUCCGCCCCGGACUUCCAGCUGCGUGAGGCAUGCGAUCAGCUGCUUGCUAUCAUUGUCGACGCGCCGGAGAUGCAGUCACAGCUCGUGUCAGCGCAUGGGAUGCUUGCUAUCAUGGAGGUGCUCGAGAGUCGAAUAUCUCGAGAGGUGGCGUUGAGAUUGUUGCAAAUCGUGAACGCUCUGGUAACAUCUGACAUGGGCUUCUUGGAGAGCUUCUGUCUGAUAGGCGGAAUACCUGUGAUGAUGGAGUUUACCUCCAAGAAGCAUUCACCGGAGUGUCGACUGGAAGCAUCUAAUUUUAUCCGUUUGCUUUGUCAUUCCUCCGUCCUGACCCUGCAGAUGUUCAUCUCAUGCCGCGGUUUGAGGGUCCUUGUCGACCUCCUCGACGAAGACUACACGGAGCAGAGCCAGCUUGUGAUCCAUGCCCUAAACGGGAUCUGCAGCGUCUUCGAGCUCCAGAGCCCGACGACCAAGAAUGACUUCUGCCGGAUGUUCAUCCGUGAGGGCCUGCUUGACCCGCUUUCCUCGGCGCUGCUGAACAUUAUGACGAGCCGCGGCGAAACGGCGGCAGAGAUGAACGGGAAGAUCAUCCAGAUCGUUUUAGUCUUCUGCCAGGUCUCGCAGUCGGAUAUUCAUGUGCGUAAUGCACUCGGGACACGGAAGGUCGUCAGACGUCUGUUGCGGGCAUGCGAGUUGCUCGAACCGGAGUACUUGGUCAACGUGCUCAAGGCGGUAAAGCAUCUAUCUAUGAGCGCGACACUACUCGAAGUGUUGCAGAACGCCAAUGCGAUCGAUAUCCUUGUCAAGAUACUCGAAGAACAAAGCUCCGGGCCGUACAGUGCUGAAAUUUGCAACCAUGUCUUCCAGACGUGCUACAAUCUCUGUCGCCUCAACAAGUCUCGACAGGAGGAGGCAGCGCAGGCUGGUAUCGUUCCAUGUCUCGUACGGGUGCUCCCGACGAAGUCACCUCUCAAGCAAUUUGCUCUUCCUAUCCUCUGCGACCUGGCCAGCGCUAGCAAGAGCUGUCGCAUCCUGCUUUGGCAGCACGAUGGCUUCUCUCUGUACGUCAAACUAUUAGAUGAUCCGUACUUCCAAGUUAGUGCACUGGAAGCCAUUUUUGCGUGGUUAACAGACGAGACCCAUCGAAUCGAGGAUCAGCUCCUCAAACCCGACGCUCUCGACGCGCUGCUCCGGUGCUUCGUCAACUCCAAAGCGAACUCGUUCGAGAACCUGCUCGAAGCGUUCUACAAGCUUUGCCGCGUCUCGACGUUGGUGACGAUCGGCAUCGCCAAGUCACAGUUCUUCAAGCGUACCGUCGAGAAACUGGGCCACAGCAAGCCACACGUGCGGCUGCACCUGCUCAAGCUCCUCAAGUGGGUCUGCGAGGUGCACCCGAACCGCGCGACACUCAUCGAGCGCUUCGGUCUGCACGACGUCGUGCGCAAGCUCAGCGCCGACGACCCCGCCGUGCUCGUGCGCCAGCUCGCGGGCGAGCUCCUCCCGCUGCUCGCGCCCGCGCUGCGGCCGGCGCAUGCACGCAGGGGCAAGGGCACCGAGAGCCCCAAGGCGGCCAUCGCGCCGAAGAAGAUGCGCAGGACAGCGUCCGAGGGCGCGGCGUCGAUCGCGUCGCCGCUCACUGGCAGGCACGUGCGUGCGGCGACGAGGGCCGUAGGAGGCCUCUCUGCGAGUAGGGCCACACGGCAGUCGCCCAGCGAUGCGUCGUUCCUGUCGGACGUCUCCUCGACCGGCACGUCGCCGCGGUAACAGCCCCGCUGGACACCCGCAGUCAACAACCAUCCCCGUCCGUUUCUUCGUUCCCUUAGACGUCAUCUCUUCGCCUUUCUGUCUCCCUCGCCCUUGCUUGCUUUGCACGUUUUGCACACACGCGCUUUCAGCAUUUGCAUUUUUGCAGCUCCUUUUGCUCGUCGCAUAAUGUAUCGAAUACCCUAUUGUAACAGUAAAUUGGCAGGAUCUGCGGGAAUUAUGGCUAUACAUACUAGCGAUGGCAUGUCACAGGACUGCUCCCGCGAGGCUCGAAGUAGCUGUGUCAAUUGAGAGGUUUCCGUUCG